CUCGACAUUCCACUUGCUUGCUAAACGCCUCUUGACAGGCGCCUGCGUGCGCCUACAAGCGCAAGCUGACAACUGCCAGCUUGACGACGCUUACGGUAUCCCAUCAGCCUCGGUCUUCUGGACUCGGCCAUCACCGACGUCAUCGUCUCCCACACUUCACCACUUCUCAUCCACCAUGUCCGACUUCAAGACGGUGAUCUACUCGCGCCCCGAGGGCGUAGACGUCGCGCUCGACUACGCGCUCCCCGCUGGGGCGAGCGCGCGCGCCCCCGCGCCCAUCUUGCUGUGGUUCCACGGCGGCGGGCUCCUGCAAGGCUUCCGCAAAGUCAUGCCGCCCCACAUCCAACGCGCGCCGCAACGCGGCCUGUGCGUCGUCUCCGCCGACUACCGCCUCGCGCCGCAAACCCGCCUCCCCGGCAUCAUGGCGGACAUUAAGGCGUGUAUCGAGUACCUCCGCUCUGCGGAGUUUGCGGCGGAAACGGGCGGCGCCGUGGACCAGAAGAAGAUCGUCGUGUCCGGCGGCUCGGCGGGCGGGUGGCUCGCCCUCCUCCUCGCCUCGGGCAUCGGGUUCAAAGAGUGCGGGAUGGAGCCGCCGGCGCACCCCGCGGCGUGUGCCGCCAUCUACCCCAUCACGGACAUUACGGACCGGUUCUGGACGACGCCGCAGCGCCCGGUAAGCUACCUCGGCACAGAGGUCGACCGGGAGCCCCUCCUCCCGUACUUGGACCCGGAGGCACCCAAGACGUCGUACAGCCUCCCCACGGACGCCCGCAGCCAGAUGUACCACUACAUGCUGCAGGAGGGGAUUGAGCAGCAGCUGCUCCUCGGCGGCGGCGAGGAGGGCGCGAGCGUCGGCGUGUCGCCUGCGAGCUUCCGCAUCGCGGCGGGUAUCGGGAGCGGCAAGUUUGUUCUGCCUCCGACCUACAUUAUCCAUGGAACCCUCGACGACAAAGUCCCCCCGCGGCAGAGCGAAGAGGUUGCGCAUGCCGCCGAAGCCGUCGGCCUCCCCAUCGAGCUCGACCUCGUCGAGGGCGCCGACCACCUCUUCGACUUUGACGAGGGCGUUCAAAUGGACGCCAUGUACAAGUUUAUCAAGUCGGUGCUCUGAUGCUGCCUAUGUAAAUCAAUGCAGGAAGAUCCAUGGAGAAGCA